AUGUCUUGGAAUCGCAUCCCCCCAGAGAUCUUCGACGAUAUCAACCAAUACCUCGAUCUCGAAACUAUCAAAAACUUCCGCCUUGCGAGCAAACACACCGCAGAGCGGUGUCUCGGUCCUCGCUUUUUAUCCUUCGUGCCAUCACACGCGGAAACAGACCUCACAGAGACUAGUCUCCAAAAUCUUGCUGCACGAGCCUUACAUCCUGUCUUCAGAAAGACAGUUCAACGUCUGACAAUAAAAGCUGUCUUCUACGCCCACCACGGAGACUAUAUCACAAGUAAACGUUGGCGACCAUCACUCGCAAGAUGGAAUGUGAGCGACCGGCUACUCGAAAUGAUUUGGGGAAACAGAGAACCCUGGGAGCCGCAGAAUGUGAAGUGGCUCAAAAGCCAGCAGAAGGCUCGCGAUGCCCUAUCGGAUGAAUUCGUCAUUAAAACUCUUGCGACUGCACUAGACCAGUUUUUGGUGCUGGACAUAAUCAAGUUACAACCCUGGAUUGCCGUCACACCAGAGAAGGAAAAGAAGAUUGACUUUUGGUAUCCUGUUGGAUUCCAGUGGGCAUCGCACGUAUCCCUUCUUACACUGGCUGCUGUGGCGAGAAGCACUUCUGCUGUGCGACAAUUGGACAUAUAUGGUAGACUGGAGCCUGAUGGGGGUGGACCUCCACCUAAUUGUUGCACCAUUCCCGCAGUGGACAUCGCUACUUAUCUCGCCCAGAUGCACCGGGAUGGCUUGAAAGGCAAUUCCUUGCCAAUGGAACGCUUUGGAGUACACCUCUCAGGCCUUAGUUGGAAGUCUUACAGUGGAAAGCAAGGUUAUAUGCAGAAAUUCUUCAAGAAAUCACUAUCGGUCUUCCCCGGCGGUAGUCGUCAAAACCCAGGGCUGCUACUACAGUCUAUGACCAAUAUCCUGGAUCUAUAUCUCUAUUUCGACUAUGACUACGAUUACUACCCGUGCUCAGUUCCUAGGAGUUACUAUCAAAUAUUCGCCAGCAUUACAAACAACGUCCAUCUGCACCAACUGAAGCAUUGCCAUCUGAGCUAUUUCCCGGUCACUGUCACCGUCCUCUGCGACUUUCUCAAGAGACACCAACACCUUGUCUCGCUUUCUAUGAAGGGCCUCUGCCUUCCUGAUGGCAAAACAUGGGAUCCCAUCCUCGAAUUCAUCGGGACAUACUUCCGGGAUCUAGAGAGUCUCAAACUUCAGUUUCUCUAUCAAGCCGGGCGUCGGGUCGAGCUGAAUCCAAAUCCCACCAAUGACUUGGACUGGCAUGAGGGCCAUCAGAUAUUUGUUCACUCCUGCCAGUUGGAGAGCAGUACUUGUGCCAAAUACCAUCGAGCGCAUAAGUAUUUUGGCCAUUUGGGGCGCGGCAGGUAUGCCGGAUCCUAUUUUUAUUUAUCUUUUUAUUUAAUCGAGUGGAAGCUCCGACCGGAGACAUCGGCGCACGCGGUUCCCUGGCAAAAAGGUAUUUUCUCUUAG